CUACCCUUCUGAGCCUGACAGGAGAAUAUCACAUCGAGGGGAGCCGGUGGAGAAGGCGGCCGCACCCAUGGGAGGGCGCUGUGGAGCUUGGGAGCACCGCCAGACUCUGAUGUCCCCACAGCCAUGAUACUGACAAACGCUCCUAAUCCAGGAAAUGGAGAUCCCAAGAGGAGACGCUAAGGCAGCUGAAGGAGAACACAAACGAUUCAUCAUUCCUUCUCAGGAGCCCGAGGCAGCCCCGGUACGUUCCUUGUUUCAAGCCCCGGCGGCGGCUCAGCCAUCCGUUGUGGGGUCGGCCGGGAGUUAUGCAGAUUACAUUUUUCAGAAGGAGGCCAAAGUUCCUGAACAGAAACCUCCGUGCCAGAAGCCUCUGCAUGAGAAGUUGAAUUUGGGCCUGGAAGUGAAUGUCCAGUGUGAGAAGACAUAUUUAGGCCCAGAAUCAAAAUCUGAAAGGGAAAGCAGUGCCUUGGCCUCGAAUCUAAAUGACAAGGAGGAUCCUAAGACUGUGACCGGUUCCACUGCAGGACAGACGGCCAUCCCAGUUCUUAAGCCUGGAGGCGGGAGGAGCUGUAUUGUGGUUAGCCCUCGACAGAGGGGUAACCCACUUCUUAAGCAUGUUCGAAAUAUACCCUGGGAGUUUGGAGAAAUUGUGCCAGAUUAUCUCCUUGGGGAGACAUGUUGUGCCCUCUUUCUUAGUUUGCGGUAUCACAACCUGAAUCCAGAAUAUAUACACACACGGCUGAGGUCUUUGGGUCAGUCCUAUGCACUCCGGGUUCUUUUGGUGCUGGUGGAUGUGAAAGACCCACAUUUCACUCUAAAAGAGCUGGCAAAGAUCUGUAUCCUAUCAGACUGCACAUUGGUGCUGAGCUGGAGUCCAGAGGAGGCUGCAAGAUACUUAGAGACGUACAAAUGCUAUGAACAAAAGCCGGCUGAUGUACUCAAAGAGAGGAUGGAAAGUGACUUCAUGUCCAGGAUUACAGACUGCCUCACCACCGUGAAGUCCGUGAACAAGACAGACAGUUGCACUUUACUCACCACAUUUGGGACUCUCGCUGACCUGGCAAAUGCAUCUCGAGAAGAUCUCUCUCUUUGUCCAGGACUUGGACCCCAAAAGGCUAAGAGACUGUUUGAUGCUCUACAUGAACCGUUCCUGAAAACUAAGUAGUAGGUACCGUGACCCAGGAAAGGAAGGAAGAUCAAUCAUUUCUUAAAGCUAUGCACAAAGAAUAAGGAUUUAACAGUUUUUUCAGUAGUUUUUUUUUUUUAUUGUGUACCAAAUAUAAAUGGGAUAUGGUUUGUAUAAUAAAUGUUCUAUUACUGCUGAAUACUAAAGGAGUUUUAAUCACAGUAGUUCGGAGUGUUUAGACAGGAAACCAAGAACACUGCCGGUACAGCCAUCGACAUAGUCAGGUACAUCAUCUAUACAUACAAAUAUACUUUACAGUACGAACACAAAUCCACAGGGUAAAUGUCCAAGUACCAGGUAGAAGCCCCUGAACCCUGGUCUGCACUAUGCCGUUUCCAGGUAUUGCUUCAUGAUACAGAUUUGGUUUACAUGAUGAUGACAUUACUGGAUGUGGGCCUUCUAGGUAGUGGAAAUCUGGAUGAUCAAGCCAUAGUACUAGAGUCUGGAAACAACACUGGAGAAAUCACAGAAACUUUUAGGGUUUAUAUAGAGGGUGGUCAUGGUGUGGCAUUGCAUCUGCUGGAACCGCACAUAUUUACAUGUGGUCUUCCUGCAGUAAUGGUAAAGCUGUAGCACCAUUACAUCCCCUGAGACUAAACCCUAAUACUCCUUGAUGGGCAAAUCCGAGAGCCGUCCUUUAACAAAGACCGAGUCCUGGCAGCCCCAUUCCCUUUCAUUUUCGGUGACUAGUAAAGCCAAAGAAGCAUGGUUAGGAUUAUGUAAAAUAAUGCACUGUACCCAACACCAGGUAUGCAAAUUAAGGAACUGCAAGCUAUAUGUGUUUCAACCAUGUCAGAGGAGCUGAGGACCAAAUAUACAUGAAUCGUUAGGCUCUUAUACCUGGCAUGUGGAUUUUGUCACGUGCUGUGCAUUUUUACAAGCCCUACUUGUACGUAUUAUCUUUAUUGCUCUAAUGCAGCACAAAUUAAAAAUAAAGGAAUUAGGCAAUAAUCUGUUAAUCUACCGCUACAGUGGAGACCGAUGUUUCCAUGGUAACAGACUACAAAUAAAAGUAGGGUGAUUGUAGUCAUACUACCAUCUAUCCCCUACCUGUAAACUACAAAAUGUUAGUCAGAGUUAAGGACAUAUGGAAGGAAAUGAGUGUUGGAUCAGACUACAUUGUUCGUAGUCUGUUACCAUAGAGACAAAAAGGUCUGUAAAUGAGCUGUAGACAAAGUUACAGAAGAUGGUCUUCAUUUAAAACCAUUUGAAAAGGUGCUCUGUUUUAAUAUUCCCUUAAAUCAAGUGACAUGAACAUUUUCUAGAGAGUCAUUCAACACAAGCAAAACAUCUCGCCACUAUAGGACAGAUGGUACAUUAAAAUACAAUUUAUAAAUAAAACAUGAUCUAUGCUCCAUUGCAACAGUGCCCCUAGUGGUCAAAGUAAGAAGUGGUAGAAAUGUGGUGUCACCUCAAACAUGAUCUAUACAUAAGAGUAUGCCUAACAUUUAGACUACUGAACUGUUCCUUUUAUCUGCAGCUUGUGUAUGCCUUACAUACAGAGGUCUAUGAAAUUAGGGAUUGUUGAUCUAAGGGCCCAGUCCUAAGUAAUGCGCACUGUUAGGGGUGGGGUAUUGGCUACAGUUGUGCUUUCACACUAGCAGACAUGUCAAUGGAUCCUAUGCCUUACAAUACAUUUCUGCUGUUGAGUAGGGUUAAUAAGCUGAAGGCUUACUUUUGAGCAUCGCGUUCCAUUUUAGCUUUACAAUAUUGAACUCGCUUGCACAGAUUUUGCUAAGUUGGAGUUACAUCGUAUCUUCCUCUCCAUCCAAAAGCUUACCUAGUAGUUUGGCCCAGUGUUCGGAAUGGAUUGCUUUUUUCCUAUAUCCAAACAUGAUGUCAAUAGACUGUUGUCAGACAUGUUUUCUCAAUGUUGGGCAUGUAAUCAAGUGUGCUACUGUCGGUGGUCGCAUGACGACACUAUAUGGUUAGAGAGGAUGGAACUGUGCUCCUCUUGCCCACUGGUAUUGCAGCUCAACCUCAGAUAGGUGCAGUUUGGGGGAAGCAGACCCUUUAACUGUGAGCACCAUAUCAGGUGACAACGCAAGGAUUUACACUAAAGUAACAAAAACACACAUAUACAAACAAUAUAAGUUAAAACAGCCAUUAAAAAAAAGUACAUAGUAAAAAGUCUGAGAGGUGGGCGUCAUAUCCAAGACAUAUCUAUGUUACCUCUGGCAUAACAUAAAACCGCAUUUCCCCAACCAUUCUGACUUGUGGGUAGCUGCCAAUCCACCUAGUUAUGAACAGUCUGGGAAAGUUGAGUGGCAAUCAUAAUAAUGUGUCCGUAUCAAAAGUGUUGUAAUCCAGAAAGGCUAAAUCAGUCAGUGGGGAUUCUUAUCUCAGAGCAAACAUACUUCAAAGCAGUGUUCCUCAUCUCCAGUCCUCGAGGCGCACCUGCCGGUCAUGAUUUGGGAAUAUCCUAUAGGAUAAGUCCUAAUGUAUUGACAGUAGUUAUACAGAGAUACUAAGGGGAAUCCUGAAAACAUAUCCAGCAAGUGGGCUGCUGAGGGCUUUAAAGGGAACCUGUCAGGAGCUGAAUGAGGUUCCUGACAUGUUCCCUUUAAAGGGGUCAUCAAUGCAUCCUGCUCUGUGUCCAGCAAGUGUCAUACACAGGUCCUAUUCUAAUUAUUGAUAUCCGCGUACUUGCUGGCCAUUGGAUGGUUGCCCUGUCAGCAUGCAGUUGUGCUCUUCACACCCAGAGGGUAAGCCUGGACAACCCUGCUGUAGAUGUAUCAGGUCAUCAUGCUGGAUAGAAAAGCUCUACAUGCCCCCAUUCUGGCAACUGGUGAGAUGCCUUGGGCUGGGACAAUAGGUGCAGAAAGGCUUGCUUGUAUUAUACCCCAAUAUCUCCCUUUUAUAUAUUUUUUCAGUAUUACUGUGGUGUGAGAUUUACCUUUACAGGUCAAGAUGACCAAAUGUCACAUAAGACUUAAACCUUUAAUAAGGGUCUCAUAAAAAAAACUAACUACAUUGCUCUAAAGUACAACCGAUCUGGUAAAUAACCAGGAAAUGGAAUAUACCAGAACCAGAUAUUCCAUGUGAUCUGACUACAGUAGGCUCGCUAGCUACAGGGAGAGCGUCUUUGGAUUGUCUUCUAUGGCAUAUAUAAGUGGGACACAACGGUAUUUGACCUUGCUGAUCCCAUAGGUCACCCUCCCUAAAGUAUGCUGACCUUGGUAAUAAUAUAUAGUGGGACGUCAAUUUAGGUCAUGUUGUGUGCUUAAACUGGAAAGAAAAGGGCAGCUGGGAUCAAUGCCUCCAUCUAGGUAGAUGGUACAGGCCUGAAUUCAGGAAUACUGGAGAAUAACGGGUGGUCAUGUGGACUUCUAAGUUUAGUCACAUUAAAGCCCGUUGCUGAUAAGGAAAGGACUUCUGUUAAAAAAUAAUAUGUAAAAAAAUACAGAACGUCAGGACAAAUUUCAGAU